GAUAAAAUGCGCUCACUAUGAAAUAGGUGGUUGCUUGUUGGGGAGCGUAGAAAUCCUUUUGCCUGGGCUUCAUGUGUUCGACGAAAACAUGCUGCAUUUGGGCAAGUCUAUAGUGCAGGUAUGCCUGGCCCUGCUUCUAGUAUUGGGUGAUGCAUUUGUCCUGAUAUUCUAAGCCGCACACACAUUGAGCGUUCUCCAAAAGAGGCUGUGAGACCUAGGAAUGGACAAAACCACAAAGAAGUCACACACAAACCGUAGUGUUGGCCAGCAGUCAUGACCGUCCGGCUGCUCGGUGAAUUCGCUCCAUUAUCUUUGUAUAAAGUCGCUCUGUUCCGCUGCCAAAGCACGACCCCUCCAUUUGAGAAACAUCGCUCUUGGAACCUCACAAGCCCCGACUGAUUCCCACCAUGAUGUCUACCAUCCAAGCAAACACACUCUCACGCCCCAAAUACGACAAGAUGUCUAGAAUGGGCACCAUGGGCAUCCUCGUCGCCGACGGCAAGGUCCUGCUCAUACAUCGCAGGCUCAAGACCAGAACAAUCAGGAUCGACGGCCCACCGGACUCUUGGUCCUUCCCCGGCGGCGGCCUGGACGAGGACGAGACGCCGGAGCAGGCCAUCGUGCGCGAGAUGAAGGAGGAGAUCGGCCUGGACGUCAAGAUCAAGACCGUCGGAGACGAGCCCGUGUGGGGCGAGACGGACGACUUCCUCGAGGACGACCAGUGGCGCUGCUUCUUCUUCGUGCUGGAGCUGGUCGACCCCGAGCAGAAGCCCAAGAUCAUGGAACCGCGCAAACACGUCGGCUUGAAGUGGAUGGAGUGGAAGGAGAUGUGGGCCAUGAUCAGCGACGACAUGGCCGGCAAGCACAAGGAUGAUGGGUCCAGCGAGAGAAUGCGUUUCUUUCCGUCGAUGAAGAACAUGGUCGGCAGGUAUCCGAAGCGUUCGGAUCCGGUCUGCCUGGAGAAGCGCCUGUGAUGGAGAGGGCAGCUGCACAGUAGAUGGCUCCAGGCGUUGCUUUGCGCAUGUUUUCUCCACGUUUUCUGUUCUUAGAAGGGAUGGGCUAUGAAUCGAUGACAGCCUCUAUGUUUUAAAAUUACCCCCAGUGCACGCAUUCAAAUUAUUUUGCUUG